AUGGUUAUUUGUUUUUUUAGGUAUUUAGAGAAAAAGCGUCUCCUAUUCCCACGUUUCUUUUUCGUAUCCGAUCCAACCUUACUGGAGAUUCUCGGUCAAGCCUCAGAUCCGCAUACAAUACAGGCACAUUUGCUGUCAGUAUUCGAUAAUAUUAAGACAGUUAAAUUUCAUGAAAAACAAUAUGAGACGAUUUUAACGUGUUAUUCACAAGAAGGUGAAGUGUUGGAGUUAGAGCAUCCUGUAAAAGCUGAAGGACAUGUGGAGAUUUGGCUAAACAAGUUGCUGAAAGAAGCUCAAUUCUCUCUGCAUCAGAUAAUCAGGGAAGGCUAUCAAGCUGCAAUGGAAGAAGGCGUGAAUAUAUUAGAAUUUCUAGCCACAUUCCCUGCUCAGGUUGGAUUAUUAGGCAUACAGUUUAUAUGGACAAGAGACUCGACGAAUGCACUACGCGAGGCUAAAUAUAACAAGAAGAUAAUGCAAAGAACUGAUCAUGAAUUUGGUCGUCUACUGAAUAUGCUGAUCCAACAGACUACGCAUAAUCUGACACCAGUUGAACGUACUAAACUAGAAACACUAAUCACUAUACAUCUACAUCAGAAAGACAUUUUUGCAUCAUUAGUUAAAGAUCGGAUCAAAUCACCGACAGACUUUGACUGGUUGAAACAAACACGUUUCUACUAUCUGGAAGAUUCAGAUGCUUGUUUAAUUUCCAUAACUGAUGUGAAUUUUGUUUAUCAAGAUGAAUUCAUCGGGUGCACAGAAAGACUCGUGGUCACACCACUCACGGAUAGGUGUUAUAUCACGCUUGCACAAGCAAUCGGUAUGUCUAUGGGUGGUUCACCAGCUGGACCAGCAGGAACUGGGAAAACAGAGACAGUCAAAGAUAUGGGCAGAUGUCUCGGCAAAUAUGUGAUCGUCUCCAACUGUUCAGAUCAAAUGGAUUUUCGUGGUUUAGGCAGAAUAUUCAAAGGUCUAGCCCAAUCGGGUUCAUGGGGAUGCUUUGAUGAAUUUAAUCGUAUUGAAUUGCCUGUGUUAUCGGUUGCAGCUCAACAGAUCGCCAUUUUGUUAACAUGCAAAAAGGAAAGAAAGUCACAGUUUGUGUUUACGGAUGGUGAGACGAUCGAUAUGAAUCCAGAGUUUGGAAUCUUUUUAACAAUGGUAUGA